AUGAAGAUCGAAGACACGUGGAUGAAGCUUGAAUUGGGAUUGAAUUCCAUUUUCAAACAUCAGGAACUGGGUGCCAGAGAGUAUUUGGAUUAUUAUAAAAUCUGCUUCGACUUCUGCACAGAUCUCAACGUCAUCAACACCAUCUCGGAGUUCCAUGACUACGGUGGCGGCGACAUUGCAACGGCACGCGGAAAAAUGCUCUACGAUCGUGUCAAGUCCUACAUAGUCCGUGUGGUCUGCGAUUUGCUAUAUGGUUGUGUCGAUCUCUCUGGCGAGCCUCUUCUACAGUACUACUCCACCAAAUGGGAGCUUUUUAGCUUUGCCAUGAAGGUGGUGGAUGGCAUUUUUGCCUAUUUAAAUCGCCAUUGGGUCCGCCGAGAGUUUGACGAGGGUCGUGAAGGAUCCUAUAUGGUUUACACCCUUGGAUUGGUUGCCUGGAGGGAGGCGCUCUUUGAGAAGAUCAAGGAUAAGCUCAGAGAUGCUCUGUUAGAGUUGGUACGCAUCGAGAGGACCGGAGGAAUGAUCAAUCGGAAUCUUAUCUCUACCACAUUAAGAUCCCUUGAAGAAAUUGGCCACGACAAGACGGAACCCGCGAAAGCCGGAUCAGCGGCGCCCAAGACUCUAUCAGUGUACAGAUCUGCCUUUGAGACGCCUUUCUUGGAAACUACAAGAGUUUUCUACACCCAGGAGGUUCAGGACUUCCUUCAGACCCAUACCUGCCAACUUGUGGAGAAUUGCAAGGAAUAUAUGGAGAAAUUUGAGAGGCGACUUCGUGAAGAGGAGCUUCGAGUAGAGCUCUGCCUCAAUAGAUCUACCAUGGGACCACUGAAGGAUGUCUGUGAGGAGAUAAUAGUUACAAAGCAGCUGGGCUUCAUUCAAAGCCACUUUGGAACUUUGCUAGUCGAGCAAGCAGACGAUGAUAUCGGAAGAAUGUACCAAUUGUGCCUCCGAGUGGAAAAAGGGCUCGAAGCUCUUCGUCAAGCCCUCCAGGACUACGUCACCAAGGUCGGAAGAGAGGCUCUGGAGCAGAGAUGUCAAGAAGCGCUUCAAGACCCCAAAAUCUAUGUACACACGAUUCUUGAGGUCCACCAGAGGUAUCAAGGACUCGUCGAGAGGUCAUUCUCCAAAGAAGUUGGAUUUGUGAAGUCGUUGGACACUGCCGCUAUCGCCUUCAUCAAUAGAAAUGCAGUGACCGAGAAGGCUCCAGAAACUCGAGUGCUCAAAUCGCCGGAGCUCAUUGCGAGAUACUGUGACUUGUUGAUGAAGAAGAACUCGAAGAUGCCCGAUGAGAUGGAGAUGGAUGUGUUGCAGAAGAAUGUGAUCACAAUCUUCAAGUACCUCGAGGACAAGGACAUCUUCAUGAAGUUCUACACGAAGCACUUCAGCAAACGUCUUCUCAACGAGCAGUCGGCGUCCGACGAAGCGGAAUCUUCGUUCAUCUCGAAGCUCACCGAGUGCUGCGGAUUCGAGUACACCUCGCGGCUGGCGAAAAUGGUCCAGGACACCCAGGUCUCCAAGGAUCUGUCGUCGGGAUUCAAGGAUCAGCAGUUGGAGAGCUCGAGAAGCAAAAAGAGCAUCGAGUUCGGGAUCCAGGUGUUGAGCACUGGUACUUGGCCGAGUAUGAUGCUCGUCAAUCUCAACUUGCCAAGAGAUUUGUCCACCACGGUCGAAGGAUUCACCGCGUUCUACAACACAAAGUUCACGGGAAGGAAGCUCUCCUGGAUCUACAACCAGAGUCGAGGGGAGAUCACAUCGACAGCCUUCAAGGGAAAGAAAUAUGUGUUUGGGGCCACCACGACACAGAUGUGCACACUCUUGCUCUUCAACGAGCAACUCGAAUACUCGGCGGAGAAGAUCCAAGAGGCCACUGGACUGGAUACGAAGACUACCCAGAUGGUAUUGGGAUCCCUGGUCAAGAAUCAAGUGCUGAAAAUCAAGGGAGCAGAAGACGUCAAGGAUGCUGACAAGGUUUCAAUGAACGCGGACCUGGUGCUCAACAUGGGCUACUCGAACAAAAAGGUCCGCGUCGAUUUGUCCAAGAUGACAAUGGCUGUGCAGACGGCAAAGGAUCAGGAAAGCGUUCAGAAGAGCAUGGAGGAGGACAGGAAGAAUAUUAUUCAGGCCGCCAUCGUCCGAAUCAUGAAGACCCGCAAGCAGUGCUCCCACCAGAAGCUCAUGGUUGAGCUCAUUGAGCAGCUGUCGACUCGGUUCAAGCCAAAGGUGGAGCUCAUCAAAAAGUGUAUUGGCUCACUCAUCGAGAAGGAGUAUUUGAAGCGGAAUGAGGACCAACGAGAUCUUUAUGACUAUUUGGCAUAA